UUUUUUAACGACAGCGGACUUUGUGUUUCUCCUGAUUGUAAGAUGGCGUUUUAUGCAUUUCUAAUGCAGCUGCACAAUGAUACCAAGUUGUCUAUCGAUGAUUUGGAUCACAUGACUCUUAUAUCCGAAGUCGGCGGUGCAAUGUCUAUGGUAUGCUGUGUCCUAAUUCUCAGUCUUCUUUGCUUAUUACCAAUACGGAGUGAUGGGAUGUUCAUUACAAGCAAUAUGUGUGUUGUUCUGAUUGCCGCACAAAUUUCAUUUAUCGGGUCAGAAAACACGGGAUACCCUGAACCGUAUAUGUGUAAGAUAGCCACUUGCGUCAUUCACUACUUCUUCAUGUGUGUGCAUUUUUCAUCGUUUGCACACGCACUCCACCUUUGGUCAAAGUUUGCACCUAUGUGUGUCGAGACAUGCCGACGAAGAGGAGUGUAUGUAUUCACUAUCUGGAUUGUGCCGGCUUUAGUUGUCAUUGCUACCGCAAUGUUUAGCGGAGACUUGUAUGCGUCGGAGGAGAGGUGUUGGCUGCCAUCCGAAAGAAACACGCGAAUGGCGUUCCUGUUUCCUGUCUUUCUGAUUCAAGUGGCGAAUUGGGUCCUGUUUGUCAUGAUACUGCGUGCGGGGAUUAUGUUGGACAUGACAAAAGGGAAAGACAAACGAACAAUUCUGAG